GUGCAGGCGGGACGUGGUCUUGCAGUCAGACUUGUGUGCGCUGGCCCUUUAAGGGUUGCAAGGAUUUGGGAGUGACGCGGAUAUGAAACCCAGUUGAGUUUAUCCUUCUUUCCUUCGCUAUGAAAAAUAUUUGGACGAACUAGACGAACGGCUGUCAGACGGCCCUAAUUAGCCAAUUAUGUUACUGUUUUACGUGACUUGUUGAAGGACGCGAGCGACGCUGCGGAAGCGCGACGACGGGCAGAAAGUGUUCCUCCGCCCGCCUUUGGGGGAUUAUACUCGGAGAACUUUGGAGAAGUUCUUUGUAUUCAGGGCGGUCGAGAGGGCUUGGCCAGCGGGCUCAACAUGGACUGGGGCACUGAGCUAUGGGACCGAUGUGACGUCAUCGAGAAGCACACGCACUCCGGGAUAGAGCUGGUGGAGAAGUAUGUGAAAUUUGUGAAGGAGAGAACAGAGAUCGAGCAGAACUAUGCCAAGCAGCUGAGGAACCUUUCAAAGAAAUUUAAUCUAAAACGCAUCGGCAAAGAUGAGCCAGACGGCAGGCUCACCAGCUACCAGUCGUUUAUGGACAUCUUGAACGAGAUGAACGACUACGCGGGCCAGAGGGAGCUGGUGGCCGAGAACAUGCUGAUGAACAUUUGCGCCGACCUCACCAAGUACCUGCAGGAGCUCAAGCAGGAGCGCAAGUCGUAUCUGAUGGAGGCCAAGAAGGCCCAGCAGGCAUUGGAGAGCACCAACAAGCAACUCGAAACUAGUAAAAAGCGCUUUGAGCGGGAGUGGCGAGAGGCAGAGCGUGCGGCGCAGAGCGCGGAAAAGACGGAUCAGGACAUCAAUGCCACCAAGGCGGAUGUAGAAAAGGCCAAGCAACAAGCUCACAUGCGAGCGCACACCGCCGAGGAGUGCAAGAACGAUUACGCCGCUCAGCUUCAAAAGUUCAACAAGGAACAGAAGCAGUUCUAUUUCACCGACAUGCCGCUCAUCUUUAAUAAAAUGCAAGAACUGGACGAGCGGCGGAUGCGGAAGUUGGCGCAGGGCUACAUCUUGUUCUCGGACACAGAGAAGCAGGUGAUGCCCAUCAUCGGCAAGUGCCUGGAUGGCAUCACCAAAGCCGGCACGAACGUCAAUGAGAAAAAUGACACCUUGGUGGUCAUCGAGCAGAACAAGUCGGGUUUUGAGCGUCCGAGCGAUGCGGAAUUCGAGGACUACAGCCAAGGCAUCAAUCGAGCAUCGUCAGACAGUAGUCUGGGGACGCCCAAGGCCUCCAUUGACCUUUUGGGCAAGAACCGAGGCAAAAACUUUUGGCUUUUCAGCAAAAAGUCGAAGCUCUCUCCUUCCACGCUCCCACCUUUCCUCACCCCUCCCGCCCCCUCGCCCGUUAAUGGACCCCCGUCCCCCAAGUUUGGCCGGGACCCCCUGUCGUACUGUUUGAAGGAGAUCAAUAAGACAGUCAAACCCAGAAUCUCGUCCUUCCGCACACUCAGGAGAUCGAGGUUCACGCCCCAGAGGAUUCCGCCCGCGGUCACCGAGGACUUCACCCACCUCCCUCCGGAGCAGCGCAGGAAGAAGCUGCACGAGAAACUGGAGGAAACCGGCCGAAAGUUGCAGAAGGAAAUAGAUCAGAGUGAGGCCCUGGGAAAGAUGAAGAGUGUUUAUGAGAAAAAUCCAGAUCUGGGAGACGCCGCCAGCCUCGCGCCCCAAAUCAAUCAAACGAAUCUGAAUAUCGAACGCCUCAGGGGGGAGCAAAACAAGUAUGAGACGUGGCUGGCUGAUGCAGGAGGUCGAGGCGACACCCCACGAUACAAAUCGCACUCCUUCAACAACAGCGACACUCACGAACCGCUCAGCCCGGAUGGAGCUCACUCCGACGGAAGCACGCCCGACGCCGCCUCCCAUGCCAUCUACGCCGAGUUUGAUGAUGACUUUGAGGAUGAGGAACUGGCGGCGCCUAUUGGGAACUGCACCGCCAUGUAUAACUUUCCCGGCGCCAGCGAAGGCACCAUCGCCAUGCAGGAAGGAGAGGUGCUGGCCGUGGUGGAGGAAGACAAAGGCGACGGUUGGACACGCGUCCGCAGGAGCAACGGGGACGAAGGCUACAUCCCGACGUCUUACGUCUCCAUCUCGCUCCAUAAAUGACACGCCACAUGUAUGCGAAAGCAAAACGAAGAGGAAAAAAAACAAAAAAGAAAGAAAAAAAAACUAAUAGGCAGUUCAUCCCUAUGGGGAGCCUUCACGAACAUGCAACAGCGCUGAUGGGCAGGACCAGAAAGCGGAUCGAGGAAGUCGGGGGGGAUGUGGUUGGCUUUUAGAAGUGUAGUCCCAAAUUAGCAAAAGCACGGUGCUAACAAUGUGUUCCACACGGUUUGCCACUUAGGAAAAACACGCAGCGAUUGUUUUUCUGUUGACUUCUCAGCGUCUCGGUACAAGAACACGCCUUGACACAUUGGCUUCGAAUUGAAUAUUGGACCUCUUUAUUGUGUGAGAAGAGAACGGAGUGACCCCUAGUGUUGUUUUCAUUUGUUGGCUGACAGCAGACCAUCGCGGACGAAUGGCCGUCGUCCAACCUGAAAAGCAAGGACAUCGUAGUUCCCUUUGCUGUGUUUUUCUACUACAUGUAAUUUAUUACAGUUGUUUAUGUACUUUAAUGUUCCGCUUUAUAGUAGAAUUUUUUUUUAAUGACCUUGCACACAUAGCGGACAAUGUAGUCACAAAAGGGAGCGCAAGCAGUGACUAUUGUAUUUAUGUAAGAUACACUUCAGAAGCAGCAUGACCACUAUUGUCUUAUUUAACCUUUCAAGUUAAGAUUUUUUUUUAAAAAUAGCGUGAUAGACGAGUAAAAGACGCUAAUUAUUGUUAGUGCGUUGCUCUUAAUUGUCUUCAUACAUUCUUUUAGUUGGUUUUAAGCUAAAUUUUGGCGGAAGCAUUUGUCUUGGGUGCCUUUCAGGUAAGAAUCAUCAUCGGCAUUAUUGUUUUGCGUGUCUAUAUUCACAAUUUUUGCAUUAAAGAUAUCCUCUUGGUUCGGAACGAAAUAAAUCUGAAGCACAUUUCAAAGUUAAA